AUGGAAUCGAAGCAGACCCGAAGAAGAUCAACAAGAUUAGAGACUGGCCUACACCGACAAGUCCUGAAGAAGUUAGAGAGUUCCUUGGCUUCGCAGGAUAUUAUAAAAAAAUUUGUACAGGACUUCUCCAAGAAACCCCUCUCAGAGCUGAUGCCUAAGACGAAAGGAUAUGCAAACUAUCUCCAGCCUUUCGAAUUGCAUACAGAUGCCAGCACACGAGGUCUUGGUGCCGUGAUAUAUCAGACGCAUGAAGGACAUCAGCAAGUUAUUGCAUAUGCCAGUAGGAGCCUAAACAAGUCUGAAAGAAAUUACUCUGCUCACAAAUUGGAAUUUUUGUGUUUGAAAUGGGCCGUCACAGAAAAGUUCCAUGACUAUCUUUACGGACAUGACUUCACAGUGCUAACGGACAACAAUCCUAUGACAUGGGUGCUCACCAGUGCCAAGUUGGGCGCAACAGGGCAUAGAUGGUUGGCAGCACUCUCAGCCUAUAACUUCACGAUUUCAUACCGGCCUUGGAAGAACAAUGCUGAUGCUCAUGUGUUGUCACGACUUCAAACACCCGAGGAUCAGUCGAAUAUGAGACAGAUUUCAUCACAUUCCAUCAAUGCUAUCUGCAACAUGACAUCAACCCUUAGUCUCGUGGAGAGUGUAUCUGUUUCAUCAGCCAUUAUUCAGGAGCAGGAAGUAGAAAUAAGUGAUGAGAAGUGUGAUGCCAAUGUCCAUGACUGGAGAAGAGCCCAAGCCAGAGACCCAGCCUUGGAUACUGUUAUGGCCCAUCUGAGGAAUGGAACUAAGACAAGACCAAUUGAUUGUCGAGCAGAUCCUGAGAUGUGUGGUCUCAUGAAGAACUUUUCAAGCUUCAAACUUCGAAGAGGAGUCCUUUACCGAGUUAUAUCAGUGGAUGGUGAAACCUGCGAGCAACUUGUUCUGCCUAGUAGAUGUCACCAGUCAGUCCUGCACUGGCUCCAUGACCAAGUUGGACAUCCCGGACAUGAUCUUAUUCAGGAUCGCUUCUUCUGGCCUGGAAUGACUAAGGACAUAGAGAACAUUGUCAGUCAGUGUGAGAGAUGGAUUAGGAGGAAGAGCAGCACAACAGUGAAAGCACCUUUAAGGAUCCACUCGGACCAAGGAGCAAACUUUCAAGGGAAGCUUAUGAAGGAGUUGUGCAGUCUCACGCAGAUCAACAAGUCGAGAACCACUCCUCACCAUGCUAUGGGUAACGGUCAAUGUGAACGUUUCAACAGGACUCUACUUAACAUGCUUGGAACCUUGGAUGCUAUUGGGAAGAAGGACUGGAAGAGCCAUGUAGGUCCUCUUGUACAUGCAUACAACUGUACAAGGCAUGAGACGACUGGAUACUCACCAUUCUUCCUCAUGUACGGUAGACAUCCAAGGCUUCCUGUUGACCUAGCUUUUGGACUGGAGAUCGACCCAAGCAAGGCCAAGUCCCUGUCGAAAUUUACUAAGUCACUGAGAGACCGACUGAAACAGGCGUAUGAACUUGCUGCUGAAGCUGCUGACAAAUCCCAAACAAGACAAAAGACUAACUAUGACGCCAAAGCUAGAGCUGCCAUGUUGGACGUUGGAGACAGAGUGCUUGUAAAGAUCGUCACUUUUGAUGGCAAACACAAGAUCGCCGAUAAAUGGGAGAAGGAUGUUUACGUAAUUCUCAAACAGCCUGAUCCUGUGAUACCUGUGUUUGUGGAUGUUACGGAGAACUUGUGCCAGGAUAAAGAGGAAGAUUCAGAUGUUGAUAUUUGUAUUGGGCCCGUGACCUCAUCAGAACCCUCAGUUUCAGCUGGUGUACCAGCUGAUGGGCCACCUGAGGUUGAAACUGAAGUUGUUACAGACGUCGCUCUGAAUGAGGAUCACAGGUUAGAUGACCUACAGAGAGCCAGAGAUGACGUGGAUGUGACUGUGGGUACUCCAGAUGAUGUCGUAGUUUCUGCACAGGAGAAUGUGCAGAUUGAAACCGAAGCUCCUGGUACGCCUAUACCAUCUGUCGACUUGUUGCUGGAGGAUGUAGAUACUUCUGCACAAGAGGAUGUGCAGACUGAAGCAGACACUCCUGAGCCACCACCAACAGUGACAACACGUGACGACAGACCUAGGAGGAGGAUGCUACCUACCCCACCACUUAGGAGGUCACAGAGAGAAAGGAUGAAACCGCACUGGCAGACGAGUUGGAAGUAUGUGAUGGCGACAACAACAACACCAAAGCCAGACUGGAAAUCAAGAGCAGAUUACCUUAGUUCACUCAUAGCCACAAGAGUCGUAGCAAGCAGAUGUGACCAGGCAUCAGAAGCUCUUGUGAAUCUGGUAACAGGAAAGCUAAGAUGA